AUGCCCAUGGAGUCAGAGUCAAUUAUGAGAAAUCACACAGCAAUAACAACAUUCAUUUUGUUGGGACUUACAGAUGAUCCACAGCUGCAAGUUCUGGUUUUUGUCUUUUUAUUUCUCACAUACAUUCUGAGCAUAACUGGUAACCUGACUAUUAUCAUUCUGACCUUGAUGGAUUCUCAUCUUAAAACACCUAUGUAUUUUUUUCUUCGAAAUUUCUCCUUCUUAGAAAUCUCAUUCACAACAGUCUGUAUUCCCAGAUUCCUAUACAGUAUAUCAACUAGGGAUAAUACCAUUACUUAUAACGCUUGCGCCAGUCAGAUAUUUUUUAUUGGGCUUUUUGGGGCCACAGAAUUUUUUCUCCUGGCUGCCAUGUCCUAUGACCGCUAUGUGGCCAUCUGCAAACCCCUUCAUUACAUGACCAUCAUGAGCAAUAGAGUCUGCACCAUCCUUGUCCUCUGCUGCUGGAUCUCUGGGCUGUUUAUCAUCAUCACACCUCUUGGUAUGGGCCUCCAGCUGGAAUUCUGCGACUCCAACAUCAUUGAUCACUUCGGCUGUGAUGCAUCUCCUCUGUUUAAGAUCUCAUGCUCAGAUACAUGGUUUCUAGAGCAGACUGUUAUUAUCUGUGCAGUGUUGACUUUCAUUAUCACACUAAUAGGUGUGAUUCUUUCUUACAUAUAUAUCAUCAGGACAAUUCUCAGAUUCCCUUCAGCUCAGCAAAGAAAGAAAGCUUUUUCCACUUGUUCUUCUCACAUGAUUGUUGUUUCCAUCACAUAUGGCAGCUGCAUUUUCAUCUACAUAAAGCCUUCAGCCAAAGAACAGGUGAACAUCAAUAAAGGGGUGUCUGUGCUCACUACAUCAGUUGCCCCUUUAUUAAAUCCAUUUAUUUAUACCCUGAGGAACAAGCAAGUGAAACAAGCUUUUAAUGAUACAAUCAAAAAAAUUGCAUUUGUCUUACAAAAGUGA